GUAUGGAAUAUUGAAAUCAACCACGUGGCUAAUAAUUAGUGGUUUGAUGUCAAAGUGGUGGUGCAACUGCUAUUGUCUAUAAACUCCUUCUGGUAGAUUACUGAAAGAGUGUCUUCAAAGAGUGUCUCCUUAACUCAAGAUAAACUGCUGACAUGGCAUCAUCUGCAGCUGGGACACUAGAAGACUCUGCUGACCGCAAUGUACAAAUGUGGAAGAUCAAGAAAUUGAUAAAAAGUUUAGAAGCCGCUCGAGGCAAUGGAACAAGCAUGAUCUCUCUCAUUAUUCCCCCCAAAGAUCAGAUUUCCCGGGUAGCCAAAAUGCUGGCCGACGAAUUCGGUACUGCGUCAAACAUUAAGAGUCGAGUAAAUCGGUUGUCAGUGCUAGGAGCCAUCACCUCCGUGCAACAGAGACUCAAGCUCUACACAAAAGUGCCUCCGAAAGGUCUUGUUGUGUAUUGUGGGACCAUUGUAACAGACGAAGGAAAAGAAAAGAAAGUGAACAUUGAUUUUGAACCAUUCAAACCGAUCAACACAUCUCUCUACCUCUGUGACAACAAGUUCCAUACUGAAGCUCUCACAGCGCUUCUGGCCGAUGACAAUAAAUUUGGCUUCAUAGUCAUGGACGGAAAUGGGGCUCUCUUUGGUACCCUCUGUGGUAACACUCGUGAUAUUCUACACAAGUUUACAGUCGAUUUGCCUAAGAAACACGGGAGGGGUGGUCAGUCAGCACUUCGUUUUGCUCGUCUGAGAAUGGAAAAAAGGCAUAAUUAUGUCCGGAAAGUAGCCGAAACUGCUGUUCAACUUUACAUCUCAAACGAUAGACCGAAUGUCUCUGGACUCAUACUGGCUGGUUCUGCCGAUUUCAAGACUGAGCUGAGCCAAUCGGAUAUGUUUGACCCUCGAUUGCAAGCCAAGAUACUCAAAAUUGUCGAUAUCUCGUACGGCGGUGAGAAUGGCUUCAACCAAGCCAUCGAACUCUCAGCAGAAGUUCUCUCCAACGUAAAGUUUAUCCAAGAAAAGAAACUGAUUGGAAAAUAUUUUGACGAGAUUUCGCAGGACACUGGCAAGUUUUGUUUUGGCGUGGUUGACACCCUCCAAGCGUUGAUCAUGGGGUCUGUGGAAACACUCAUUGUGUGGGAAAACUUGGACAUCAAUCGCUUUGUGCUAAAGAACCACAGUACAGACGAAGAGGUGGUGCUCCAUUUAACGCCUGAACAAGAGAGCGAUAAGACCAAUUUUGUUGACAAAGAAACAUCUGUAGAGUUGGAGCUUGUCGACAAGUGUCCCUUUCUCGAGUGGUUGGCUAACACCUACAAAACGUUCGGAACUACCCUGGAGAUUGUGACUGAUCGAUCGCAGGAAGGGUCCCAGUUUUGCAAGGGGUUCGGAGGAGUGGGCGGUAUACUGCGAUAUCGAGUGGACUUUCAGAGCAUGGAGGUUCAAACAGACGAUGAAUUUUAUGAUGAUGACUAUUAGACUAUAAUUAUAUAUUAUCACAGUAACUAAAUGUUACUUGCUUUAUUUAAUAUAUUAAUUAUAUAGCAACUGUUUUUUAUAUUAUAGUUUCUUCCAACUUCGAAGAGUGAAUAAUUAUGAUGAUAUAAUAAUUAAUUAUGGCUAUACAUUUUUUG